GCCCAGGACCCACAAAAGUACACUACAAAGCUGUGCAAAAUGGCUCCAGCGAUUGCCGCCAUGCUCACGAUGCUUCUGCUGCUCACCGCUCAUGCCUUUGCAGGUCACGUGGAAAGCGAGCAUCUGGGCGGAAGGCAAGCCCAAGGGCUGCAGGAGCCUCCCCUCGUCGCCGGCGGAGCGUUCCCAGAUAGCCAAUGUGCCGAGACGCGUCUGUACAGAGGGCCGUGCGUGGAGAUGCUGUGCGCCGCCGCUUGCCUGGUGCAGAUGCGCCAUGGCGGACACUGCAGGGGAAACUUCGUCAAGGGCCGCUGCUACUGCCUCUCGUGCUCUUGAUAGUCGCCUAGUGAGACGUUCGUUCACGUUCGUGCCGCGAAUACGUACAGCGAUGAUGGAAUAUUGGAAUGGAAUAAGAAUAAUCAUAGACUCUUCAGCA